UCUCUCACACACACAUUCUACAUUGGGGACGGGGAAGAGCUUAAAUAACCGGAGUCUUGGCAAUGCGCCGAUGAGGACUAUGAUUUAUGACCGCACUUGGUUCGCUUUCCCCGGACUUUCUCUCUAUAAACCUCGGUGUUUAAUUAGGGCUGAGGAAUACAAUGGAAUAUUUUAAAGGAAUUUACGCAGGAGCGGUUAUUCCAAAGACGUGUUCUAUUUGUACCUCCUGAUUCAAAGGCUAGAUCGUCAGGAGUCUAGGUGGUGGUGGUGGUGUCCAUGGGUCCCGUCAUGCCCCCCAGUAAGAAGCCCGAGGCGUCUGGCAUCAGCGUGGCCAGCGCCAGCCUCUCCCACCUCUACCAGGCCAGCUCGCUGCAGGAGGCAGAGGAACUGGACCUGGCCUUCCCCGCCCCCUUGGCCCUCUCCUUGGCACCCCUCACCGGCGGGGCCGCCAAGCCUGAGAAAGGCACCGCCACCCCAGGUAUGGAGGACGAGGAGUUGACCAACCUCAACUGGCUCCAUGAGAGCAAGAACCUGCUCAACAGCUUCGGAGACCCUGUCCUGCGCAGCGUCAGCCCCGUCGGUGGCGAAGGGGGUGUUGCCGGUAACCGCGGCGAUGGGGACCACGACAACAUGCCGCCAUCGCCGAUAGCGGGCGGGGACCUGCCGUACGACGCCGAUCGGAACCCCAACUGUAAGCCUCCCUAUUCCUUCAGCUGCCUGAUCUUCAUGGCCAUUGAAGACGCUCCGUCCAAGAGGCUGCCGGUGAAGGAGAUAUACAACUGGAUCCUAGAACACUUCCCCUACUUUGCCAAUGCUCCCACAGGCUGGAAGAACUCUGUCAGGCACAACCUGUCCCUCAAUAAGUGCUUCAAGAAGGUUGACAAGGACAGGAGCCAGAGCAUUGGGAAGGGGUCCUUAUGGUGUAUAGAUCCUGAGUACAGGCAGAAUUUGAUUCAGGCUUUGAAAAAAACACCUUACCACCCUCACACCCAGGUCUUCUCAACGCCACCCACCUCUCCUCAGGCAUAUCAGAGCAUGUCCAGUCCUCCUCUAUGGAGUCCCUUCUUCAGAAAAAACGGAGGAGUCCUCCUACAAGUCCCUCAGGGAGUGAUCCAGAACGGAGCCAGAAUGAUGAGUCAUGGCCUGUACACAGGAAUACGACCACUACCCAUCAAUCCUAUAGGGAUCAGGACAGCUGCUGAGAGGUCUGUGCUGUCCGGAGGCUGUCGGAAGCGUAGUGACAGCAAUCCCCCCUGUGACUCCCCAUUGGUCAGCAGCGACCCCAAGGAGGACCACACCUACAGCACCAACCAAUCGGAUGACGGCAGUGACUACACCAGCGACUCCAGUCUCCGCAGCAAUGGCCCCAUUGCCCGGGACGUCGCCAACGAUUCAGACUUUGACUACGAGGACGACGUAGACGACAAGAACAAGAUCCAGCUGGAGAUCAAGAAGGAGGAGCCGCGCGAUUGGCCUAUAGACACGAUAGACUCAACCCCUUCCAGCCAGCAGCACAACAAGAAGCGGUAUCACUUCCUGAAAGCCAAGCAGCGGAUGGGCGUGGCUAGCGACACCCUCCCGCUAAAAAAACGGCGCACAGAAAAACCGCCAGAGAGUGAUGACGAGGAGAUGAAGGAGGCAGCGGGUUCGCUGCUCCACCUGGCGGGCGUCCGGGCCUGCUUGAACAAUAUCACCAACAGAACCGCCAAGGGCCAGAAAGAACAGAAAGAACCCACAAAAAACUGACCACAGAAAGACUGAGAGAGAAAGAAAGAGAGAGAGAGAGAGAGACUAACCUGAGAGAGUGAAGAUUUUAAAAGAACAAAAAUAAGAGAGAGAAACGGAAAUACAAAACAUCACUUUUAAUAUAGAAAUGUACACUUUCUUUUUUCCAGGACAUCAGGUGAAUUCUGAAAGAUUUGUGGCAAUAUCAAAAACAAUCACUUUGUUUUCCUAUCUUUAAAGUUAAUGUUUUUGAAGGUUGCAAAAAAUAUGUUUUUUAUUUGUUUUAUUUGUUUAAAGGAUAUUAAAGCCAUAGACACAACUUUUUCUGAUAUUCACCUAAGUUAGCAGGUUUCUGUUGGCUAAAAGUAACACGAAUGAGAAACAAAAUUACCUUUUUGGAAAACUGCCCCAUCCAGGCUGAGAUGUAUGAAUAGAAUAGGGGAUCAAAUUGUUAUUCAUUUCAAAAUGUACCCAAUCCCAAACUAUUGCCCUUUACAGGCUCAUCAGACGCAGCUAACACUAUAUAUUAUUUUUUUUACAUUUACAUUUUUUUUUGUCAUUUAGCAGACGCUCUUAUCCAGAGCGACUUACAGUAGUGAAUGCAUACAUUUCAUACAUUUUUUUUUUCUUCUCCGUACUGGUCCCCCGUGGGAAUCGAACCCACAACCCUGGGUUGCAAACACCAUGCUCUACCAACUGAGCCACAUAAUACAUUUCAGCAGGCUCAUACACUUGUUGUUUCUGUGGAAUUUCCUGGUACAAAGUUCUUAUGGGGUGCUUAUCACUGACUAUUUUGUUUUUACAGUGAUAUAGAUCAUUAAAAUGUAAUAAAGUAAGUAUUCAGGGUCAGAUCUUAACUUAAGAUAGAUUGAUGUCUAUGGCCUGCAUAUUCCUGUUAGGAUGUGGCCAUAUACCUCAAUAUGUCAUAAUAAACAAGCACAAAUACACAUGCUAUACUGGCUAAAGCAAUGUUAUAUUAAUCAACUAGUUCACUGAAAUAACACAGGUAUAUGCUGAAGUAACACAGGUAUAUCCCCUUUGUUCAGCAUCAGACUUUCGAAAACAAUGGUGCUAAUAUGUCAGCUAUUUAAAAAUCUAUAUUUAAAAUCUAGUUUGCCAAACUCUGUCUUGUCUGUCGGCAAAGAAGCUUCCCCAGAUAUUUUUUUUACAUUAAAUUAUGUGAUGCUGUUAGCUUAGUGACCAUUAGCCUAGCCAAGCUCAUAGAAAAUAUACUCAUCAGUUAGCCUAGCCUAGCUAAGUCCAUAGAAAAAUAUACUCAUCAGUUAGCCUAGCCUAGCUAAGCCCAUAGAAAAUAUACUCAUCAGUUAGCCUAGCCUAGCUAAGCCCAUAGAAAAUAUACUCAUCAGUUAGCCUAGCCUAGCCUAGCUAAGCCCAUAGAAAAGACACUCGGUAACCAGUUUUUGUAUGUCCUUCCUUUGCGUGUCAGUGUUGGAACAGUGCCAAAUAGGAAUUCUUGGUCAGCCCACUGAUGAUGGUAGCACUUCCUUUGCUAACUGUCUUUCUAACUGCUACUCACAUUUAGCCACCGGCGCUAGCUAGCAUGCCAAGGCAGAGGGGACAGUGUUGUUUUCCCCUUAAAGGUAGGACUGUAGUGAGGUGAAGUUCGCUGGUACAAGUGGGAUGAAGGAAGGGUUUGUUUUUUUCUGACGUGGUCUUCUCUAAAUGUAAGCUAAUUGAGUUUGGGAAAAGCCAUAAGCUAAUAGUCUGGCUGGCGCUUAUCAGAGAGUAAAAUAACGAAAAACAUGUUAAGAGAACCUCAAAAUUGCCUGUGUCCUUUUAUGAAAGCAAUCAACAUGAAUAACUGAGUUAUACUCCAGUUGUACGUUAUAGUGAUAUUCUCCCCGUGGCACAAACACGUGAACACCUUCAUGUGUUGGAUGGGAAAUGAUGCUGCGAAACCUGCCACAUUUUAUUUCAUGUGAGAAGAACAAUGAUGUUUAUUUUUUGUGUUUGUUUGUGUUUACUAACCUACCCUCAUGACGUAAUAAAGCAAUUUCAUCCAGUCAGGAUAACACUGUAUAAAAAGUUAAACUAGAGUUUGGGAUUUUUUUCUUAAUUUAAGCAAUGUAGCCAGCAUGAUUUUUUUCCAAAUCGUGUUGUAUGGGUUCUGUAAUGAAAAAGCGAAAAAAUGUUUUAUAUUCAUACAAAGAUCAUGUAAGGUAAAUAAUGUAUUUAGCAUGAAGCAUGAAUUAUUUUCAUAUAAGUAUCCUAGCGAACAAAAAGGUUCUGCCUGGAAGUUCUGCGCCCAUAGGUGUGGAAUCCUUCUCUGUUGUUUUGUCUUGUCUUUUUAAAUUGAUGGUUCCUUUCUUGUCAUCCUCACUCAACCUUGUUUUAACUUGGGCUUUCAUACAGUAAAACAACCUUAUUCAGGGACAAAAAGCUGGUCUGUUGGACAAAUCUCUGUCUGCAAUAUGACGGUACCUCUCUCUCCUCCCAUUGGUGGAUGGCAACUUCCUUCAUCCAUAGUGGAUAAAACUACUAUGUCCCAAUGUUUGUUUGUAGUCACUAGAUGGCCAUGUUAGAAAGGACACAACUGACAAAAUUGUCAGACCUUCUUGGCAUGAAGAUGAGUUAUUUCUGGAUUAAAAGGACCAAACGUCCCCUGUCUUCUCUGGCAUGGACGUAUAGUGACCCCUGUGUCUGAUGGGUUCUCCCUGACAGGUGAAUGUUGGAGCCCGUGGGAUUAAAGGUGAGGUUAGGUGGUAGUGAGUGUUAGCUGUCUGUUCCCUCACCCCUCCUUCUCUGUGCCUGUUCUUCCAUCGCUUCUUUCUUUUCUAAGGUUUUAGAUGUCUUUGAUAUUUCAAUGUCUUCCUUUUUUUCCCUUCUUUUUUUAUGAAAUAGGAGUUUACCAAAGUGUUUUUAUGUUGUUAUUUUAUGUAUCCGGCUGUGUUGUUGUCCUUUCUACUCUUGUAGCUCUUCAGGUCUUGUUGUCAGUAUUAAGCAGGCUACUAUAGACUCGUUGGACAUGUAAUAACUCAAAGGAAAUUAAUAAAAUAAGACUGCUAGAUAAAUACAAACUAUAUAGUGCGUAUUUUUACAUUAUCUCACCAGAUUGCACUAAGAUAUUAAAUGAGAGAUUCAUUUCAGUGCCAAAGGCUUUAAUAAUUCCUUAUCUACCUGAAAUAGAUUACAAACAUAUGUUAACACGUCAAACAUUGCCAGUGUGCUGUUGCAUUUCUGUCAGAUGCCCGUCGGACCGUCCUAGUCCUUGUUCUUGGUACCUACCACACUACACGCUGUGCAUUGGCUCCUUGGAAUGGGUUUAAUUUCCAGAACAUGCUCAUUUUCUUUGUGGCCUUUUUAGUUGAAUAUAACACCCGUUAUCCCAUAAUGCACUCCAUUUGACCAGAGCUAACGAACCCAAUGAGGCUCUGGUCGAUGUAGUGCACUAUAUGGACAGUAGGGUAUCAGUUGAGACAUCCCUUAUUUUCCCUUCAUUAAGUUGAGGUGAUGUGUAAAUGUGUCUUCCACUGAUAAUAUAUUACUAAAGAUAUUUCCCAUUGUUUGUUACAUUAUUCUUUGUGGGAUACUGCCUUCCUAAAGUCGAUAACACUCACUAGAUAACUCUUCCUCCAAUCACAAUCCUUCAGGUGCCACAACGUAUGAAGUGUUCUGGAAAAAACAUUUAAUAUGAAUUAUUAUCAAUGAAAUGUCAAUACUAGGCAGGCAAAUAGUGAUGUAUCUAUUGAUGAGUAAAAAAAAUGUGUUUAUUUGUUUCAUCGUGUUCUUUGAUUGUUUUAUAUCUAUUUUUCUUCCAUGUUUAUUAUUUAGAGGGGUUUUAUGAGGAGAAGAAAGCGCAAUGGAUUGCCGGGUACUUAUUUGCAGUACAUUAUUCACCUGGUCGUCAUGGAAACCGCAUGGUACUUUAUCUCACUUAUGUCAAUAAAUUCCGAUAGAAUCAGCAACUGCUGGGUUUUAAAAGAUCCAAUUUGUGGUUACAAAUAUUGAGUGACUUAUUAUUACCACUGUUGUUGUUAACAAAGAAACAAAACACUAAAAAGUCCCCAUGUAGUUUCUAUGUAAAUAAGAGGCAGGUAGUGUUCUGUAAAAACAUGCUACCGAUCAUUUCUGUGUCCUGUUUUUGAACCCUGUAGUCUUGAUGGCAUGACCUUCCAGCUGAUCUGGUGAUAUGGAGUAGGUGCGUUCUGUAUUUCAUUGACGUGUAUUCAUAUUGCCAAAGACAAACUACUUCAUUAAUUCAUGUAAAUAUCACCGUGUCCGUUACUAUGACAAAAGUAUGUUUUUAUGUUUGUGUUUUAGUUUCCCCCUCCCCCCAAAAAACUUACCAUAAAGUUUCUGUGCUGUAUUGUCUUCCAGUUGAAAUGAAAACAGUUACUCCUGUGGUUAGGUUCCUUCAAUAAGCCUUUAAUAAACCUUUAUGUAUUUUAACUUUCAAACCC